AUGCACCUAUGUUCCACUCAUACAUUAUGGGGGAAACCGGCCCCGUUACAUUUAUUACGGUACUCAAGUACUCCUACCUUGAAGGAACUCGGUUACCAUGUCAUCGACAGUAGUAUUGACACAGGAGAUUUCGAAUUCGGUGACGCAGAGAGGAGCCUUGAAGAAUUCAAAGAUAGGAUGCAGCAUGGAGGUACAAUUACUCUCGCAUAUGACGUCCUUGGUCAUACUGUUCACUGGCUGAUUCCACGAAUGUUGGAAGCUAUUCAUGACAGCAAGCUAACCCCGGUUACUGUUGGAGAUUGCUUGGGUCAUCCAAAAACGAACUGGUAUCGAACGAUAACUCCUGUUCAGGGUGAGGAACGACCGUCGUUCCUCCGCCAAGAGGCAAGUGUCCUCAAGAACAACAUCGACAUCUCGAGGGAAGAGUUAUAA